CCCUCCCCUCCCGGGGCGUCACGUGGGGCGGGCGGAAGCGCCCGGCCGGGUGGGCGCGCCUGGUCUGCGGCCGCGAGUUGAUUGCGCGCAGUGAGUCCGUGCCGGCGCCGGGACCCCGGGUCCCUCAGAGUGCAGUCCUCGCUCAGAACAGGUCUGGACAGAGCCCCACCGGCUGGCCUCUGCUGGCAGGAAUCAUGGCAGAUGCUGAGGACGCAGCCCUGUCGGUGGCCGAGUGGCUGCGGGCCCUGCACCUGGAGCAGUACACUGGGCUCUUUGAGCAGCAUGGGCUAGUGUGGGCCUCCGAGUGCCAAAACCUCAGUGAUGCCCGCCUGAUGGACAUGGGCAUGGUACUGCCUGGCCACCGCCGCCGCAUCCUCGCUGGCCUGCUCCGUGCCCUUGCGCCACCACCCCCCGCACCCCACCCCACCCCACGGCCUGUGCCCAUGAAGCGUCAUGUCUUCCGCUCACUGCCUGUGCGUGCCACUCUACCAGAGCCGCUGCCCACAGCUGGAGAGGAUGAGGGGCUACCCACUGCUCCCCCGAUCCCACCCCGGAGGAGUUGCCUGCCGCCUGCCUGCUUCUCCGCCCCAUCUCCGCCCCAAGACCCUCCGUUGCCUCCACUGCCCGCCAAGCGGCAUUUGGCAGAGCUCAGUGUCCCGCCUGUGCCCCCCCGCACGGGGCCCACCCGCAUGCUGCCGAGCCUUGCCUCCAAGGAGGAGGAGUCGCUGUCGCCACAGCUGUCACCACCUCCGCAGCCAGAGCCUGAAGAGUCCCCAGCCACCUUACCCUGGGGGUCUUCCCAGCGCCUGUCCCCACCUCCCCACCCCCCAGAUGUUCCCCCAAAGCCUCUUCACUGGCUCCCGGAGUUUGAUGACUCUGACUACGAUGAGGCUCCAGAGGAGGGGCCAGGAGCCCCAGCUGGCAUGAUGACCAAGAAGGAGGAGCCCUCGGUGAGCGGAGUCCCACGGGCCGUGCGUGUGGCCAGUCUGCUGAGCGAGGGGGAGGAACUAUCUGGGGAUGACCAAGGGGAUGACCAAGAGGACGACUACACCUACGAGGGCGUCCCCAAUGGUGGAUGGCACACCAGCAGCCUGAGCUCAGCCUUGCCCAGCAGCCUCCUCAUCCCCGAGGUCCCACCACACCCGAUGGACGGGCUGCCCAGGGGCCCCACCCCUACCCCACCGGUCAUCAAGGCCGGCUGGCUGGACAAGAAUCCACCACAGGGAUCGUAUAUCUAUCAGAAGCGAUGGGUGAGACUGGAUGCUGACUACCUGCGAUACUUUGAUAGUAACAAGGACGCCUACUCUAAGCGCUUUGUUCCCGUGGCCUGCAUCUCCGCAGUGGCUGCCAUCGGAGAUCAGAAGUUUGAAGUGAUCACUAACAAUCGGACUUUUGCCUUCCGGGCAGAGAGUGAUGCGGAGCGGAAGGAGUGGAUGCAGGCCCUGCAGCAGGCGGUGGCCCAGCAGCGUACCCGGGUCCAGCUGCCUGGUGGCUCCCCACUGGGUAUCCCAGGCUCAGAGCCACCUGACCUUGCGGGCAGCCUGGAGCUGCGUGGCUUCAAGAAUAAAUUGUAUGUGUCCGUGGCUGGGGACAAAGUGCAGCUUUACAAGAAUCUGGAGGAGUACCACCUGGGUGUCGGCAUCACCUUCAUCGACAUGAGUGUGGGCAACGUGAAGGAGACAGACCGACGUAGUUUUGACCUCACCACCCCCUACCGCAUCUUCAGUUUCUCGGCCGAAUCGGAGCUAGAGAAGGAGCAGUGGCUGGAGGCCAUGCAGGGAGCCAUUGCCGAGGCCCUGUCUACCUCAGAGGUGGCUGAGCGCAUCUGGGCCGCGGCCCCCAACAGGUUCUGUGCCGACUGCGGGGCUGCCCAGCCCGACUGGGCCUCCAUCAACCUCUGUGUCGUCAUCUGCAAGCGCUGUGCAGGGGAGCACCGUGGCCUGGGUGCUGGCAUCUCCAAGGUGCGGAGCCUGAAGAUGGACAGGAAGGUGUGGACAGAAACACUCAUCGAGCUCUUCUUACAUCUGGGCAAUGGCCCUGGGAACUGCUUCUGGGCAGCCAAUGUGCCCCCGAGUGAGGCUCUGCAGCCCAGCAGCAGCCCUGGUGCCCGGCGUCGCCACCUGGAGGCCAAGUACCGUGAGGGCAAGUACCGCCGCUACCACCCGCUCUUUGGCAACCAGGAAGAGCUGGACAAGGCCCUGUGCGCUGCAGUCACCACCACAGACCUGGCUGAGACCCAGGCACUCCUGGGCUGUGGGGCUGGGGUCCACUGCUUCUCAGGGGACUCCGAGGCCCCCACGCCCCUGGCUCUUGCUGAGCAGGCGGGGCAGACACUGCAGAUGGAAUUCCUUCGGAACAACCGGACCACAGAGGUACCUCGCCUGGAUUCAGUGAAGCCCCUGGAAAAGCACUACUCAGUUGUUCUGCCAACUGUGAGCCACAGCGGCUUCCUCUACAAGACCGCUUCUGCCAGCAGGCUGCUACAGGACCGCCGUGCCCGGGAAGAGUUCAGCCGACGCUGGUGUGUCCUUAGCGACGGGGUCCUGAGCUACUAUGAGAAUGAACGGGCAGUGACCCCCAAUGGGGAGAUUCGGGCCAGUGAGAUUGUGUGCCUGGCAGUACUCGCUCCCGACACCCACGGCUUCGAGCACACUUUUGAGGUGUACACGGAGGGAGAGAGGCUGUACCUGUUUGGGCUGGAGAGUGCAGAGCUGGCUCGUGAGUGGGUCAACUGCAUUGCUAAGGCGUUCAUGCCUCCCCUGGCUGAGGAUCUGCUGGCCCGGGAUUUUGAGCGGCUUGGGCGCCUACCCUACAAAGCUGGCCUGAGCUUACAGCAGGCCCAGGAGGGCUGGUUCUCCCUCACUGGCUCUGAGCUCCGUGCUAUCUUCCCAGAGGGGCCCUGCGAGGAACCACUGCAACUUCGGAAACUUCAGGAGCUUUCGGUCCAAGGAGACAGCGAGAACCAGGUGCUGGUGCUGGUGGAGCGAAGGAGGACGCUGUACAUCCAGGGGGAGAGGCGGUUGGACUUCGCGGGCUGGCUGGGGGCCAUCCAGAAAGCGGCAGCCAGCUCGGGGGACACGCUGUCGCAGCAGCAGCUGGGAGACUCAGAUAUCCCGGUGAUUGUGUACCGCUGUGUGGACUACAUCACGCAGUGCGGCUUGACCUCCGAGGGCAUCUACCGCAAGUGUGGGCAAACCUCGAAGACGCAGCGGCUGCUGGAGAGUCUGCGGCAGGACGCUAGGUCUGUGCGCCUCAAGGAGGGCGAGCAGCACGUGGACGACGUCUCCUCGGCCCUCAAGCGCUUCCUGCGAGACCUGCCUGAUGGGCUCUUCACUCGAGCCCAGCGCCUAGCCUGGCUGGAGGCCUCAGAGAUUGAGGACGAGGAGGAGAAGGUUUCCAGGUACCGAGAGCUCCUGGCACGUCUGCCCCCAGUCAACCGGGCCACAGUGAAGGCCCUUAUCAGCCACCUGUACUGCGUCCAGUGCUUCUCUGACACAAACCAGAUGAACACACACAACCUGGCUAUUGUGUUCGGGCCCACACUUUUCCAGACAGAUGGGCAGGACUACAAGGCUGGCCGUGUUGUGGAGGACCUCAUCAACCACUAUGUGGUGGUGUUUAGUGUGGACGAGGAAGAGCUGAGGAAGCAGCGGGAGGAGGUGACUGCCAUUGUGAAGAUGCGUGUGGCUGGCACUGCCAGUGGGACCCAGCAUGCUGGUGACUUCAUCUGCACAGUGUACCUGGAGGAGAAAAAGGCAGAUACUGAGCAGCAUAUCAAGAUCCCAGCCUCCAUGACAGCUGAGGAGCUCACCCUGGAGAUCCUGGAUCGGAGGAAUGUGGGCAUCAGGGAGAAGGACUACUGGACCUGCUUUGAGGUCAACGAGAGGGAGGAGGCAGAGCGCCCCCUGCACUUCGCAGAGAAGGUGCUGCCCAUCCUGCAUGGGCUGGGCACAGAUAGCUACCUGGUGGUGAAGAAGCACCAGUCCAUGGAGGCCAUGCUGCUAUACCUGGCCAGCCAUGUGGGUGACACCAAGCAUGGCAUGAUGAAGUUCCGUGAGGACCGCAGCCUCCUGGGCCUGGGCCUGCCCUCAGGCGGCUUCCAUGAUCGCUACUUCAUUCUCAACAGCAGUUGCCUGCGGCUCUACAAGGAGAUCCGGAGCCAGAGGUCGUGGAGUGGGGCCCCUGAGACCAGUCACCGGCCUGAGAAGGAGUGGCCCGUCAAGAGUCUCAAAGUCUACCUGGGAGUGAAGAAGAAACUCCGGCCGCCCACCUGCUGGGGCCUCACAGUGGUACACGAGACAGAGAAACACGAGAAGCAGCAGUGGUACCUCUGCUGUGAGACGCAAAUGGAGCUGCGGGAGUGGUUUGCUACCUUCCUCUUUGUGCAGCAUGAUGGCCUGGUGUGGCCCUCGGAGCCCUCACGCGUGUCCCGGGCAGUGCCUGAGGUCCGGCUAGGCAGUGUGUCGUUGAUCCCCCUACGGGGCAGUGAGAAUGAAAUGCGCCGGAGUGUGGCUGCCUUCACCGCGGACCCCCUUUCUCUCCUCCGUAACGUCUGAGCACAGGAACCAGCCCCUGGCUCUGGGACUCUGCCGCCAUGAAGCCUUCCUGUUCAGACACCCUCAUGCCCUGAGGGCCUGGUGUGAGCCAGCAGAGGGCGCGUGAGGAAGCCGCACCCCAACAUCCUGCCUACAGCAUGGGGUUCCCUGGCUGGGGAGUGGGGGGGCAGCAGGGUCAGCCUGAGGAGGAUCCCCUCAUCUGCCCUGUCCCGAUGCUCAGCCCUCCUGGCCCACUCCCCUGCAGGAUCACUCGCCCUGAGUUUGAGGUCUCGGGGAGAUGAGCAUCGCUCAGGAACUCUGGAGGACCACUCCUGUCAGAGGCUCAAGGCCCUGGGCUCCUGCUGGAAGGGAACCCAGCCCCUUGCCACAAACUCCAGAACUGCAAAAAGUGGAUGCUCUAAAUGAACACUCAGCUGGGAUGGGGAGGGAGCUCUUGGGUAAGUUUCUACAGGGCCCAAAGCUGGACUUGGGGGACUUUAGCCCCACUUCCGGUCUGGGCUGACUGGGAGGGCCUGGGCUGCCCAGUGCCCCAUCCCCACUUUGGGGCCUUUUGAUAAUAUAAAUAUACUGUAUAUUUUA